AUGGUUGCUAUUAUCUGCCUCCUCCCCCUCUCGUCUGCUCUUGCAGUCCAUCGCUCCGAAAGCUCUUCAAAUACGAAUGGCAACAAUCACUCCUCUUCCACAUCUUCAACUCUCACUCUCAGGCAAGAAGACUACAAGUGGUGCCACACAGAACAUCCCGGAACAUGUACCCUUGCAUAUAUCAUCGAUUUAACAAAGCCUCAUCCAAUCAACAUCCAAGUCACCGAUCACAAUUGCGAUGAUGCACUCGGUGGUGCGAGAAAUCUAGACAUAGGCUCCACUCUUGCGGAUUUCGAAACGGAUUCCAGACGAACAGAUCCGGUUACAAAGUUUGCGAUUAAAAGUGUCGUGAAUGGUAAGCCUGAGAUGACAGCAGAUGGAAAGGAAUUAUCAUAG